AUGAAGCUUUUUAUAGGAAGAAUUCCUCGCGAGCUUGAUGCUGACAUUAUUUACAAUUAUUUUAAAGCGUAUGGAGAAAUAGAUAGCUAUAAUUUUAAGGGACAAUACGCAUUUGUUGAAUUUAAGAAUGACAGAGAUGCAGAAAAUAUACUUAAUACUAGAGAUAUUGAAAUUAAUGGACAUCGUGUUGUAGUUGAAGCAUCAAAUAGUAAAGGAAAAUUUCAAGGAGAGCAUAAAAGACAGGAAUUUCAUUUUAAUUCUUUAUCUGAAAGGCCUGAUUCUAAUAACGUAGAUUAUCAAAGUAGUAGAAGAAGUCCAAGAUAUGAUGAUAGAAGAAGUCCAAGAUAUGACGAUAGAAGAAGUCCAAGAUAUGACGAUAGAAGAAGUCCAAGAUAUGAUGAUAGAAGAAAUGAACGAUAUGGCAACAGAAGAAGUCCAAGAUAUGAUGAUAGAAGAAGUCCAAGAUAUGAUGAUAGAAGAAAUUCUCAAUAUAAUGAAAACUUUUAUAGACAUCAUAACGAUUUUAGAUCAAAUAGUGAUUACCCACCUCGGCAACAAUACAGUCGGGACUAUGAUUAUAGAGCAAUAGAUCAAAAUUUUGACAGAAAUGGUUAUAGCUCUAAAGAAUCAUCCAGAUUCGAAUACGAUAAACAUUAUUUACAAUCUGAUCGAGAAAGAUGCUCUUAUUGCUCGCGAUGUGAAAUUCAUGGAAAUUUGCGAUUUCCUAAAGAAGAUCCUUACGAACAUAAAAAAAUAAAACGAGAACAUCCAAAUGACAUUAAUAAACUUGUUAUACAAAACUUGCCUCAAAACGUGUCACUUCAUGAUAUCGAUGAUUUUGUUAAGCAAACUGGACUUGAAUCUGUAUUUUCAAGAUUAACAAAAAAAGGAGAUGCUGCGAUUGUCGAAUUUAAAGAUAUUCAAUCUCGUGAUGAUGCUAUAUCCAAACUUGAAGGUAAAGAUCUUAAAGGAACACCUGUUUAUGUAAGGGAGUUUAAAGUAGGCAGUAAUUUUCAAAGAUCAAUAAAUUCACUAGCAGAUAGGGAUAUAUCUCCCAUUCAAAAUGAUUAUAAAAAAAAAGUUAGUGGAGAUAAUGAUGACAGUCAAGGUGUUGAUAUUUAUUCAGGAUUAGAUAAGUAA